AUGCAGCGCAUGGACUUCGAGGACAACAUAAUGCAAGGGCUUUUCUUGGAAGGCUUUUUUGCUGUGAACGUGCUGGCAGUGUUGAGUGCUGGUGGAUGGCUACUUGAGGAGCUCUUUCUAUUUUGCCGGAAGUUAAAUCAUGGUGCAGAGUUUGCCAAGCUUGAUCCACAUUUGGUGGUUCCGUCCAGCUUAGACAUCAUGCUGGAAGGUAUGCUAGAUGCAAUUUGUUUCGUGGUUGGAUGUAUGCUGCUAUUGCUUGCUGCAUCGACAUUCUUGCACAAAUUUGGCACUGCAAACAAUCCUGCAGAUUCACUACUUUUGUGCUAUCCUUUGCUUUUUGGCCCUGCUGCCUUGAUUCGGAUCUUCCUUUGCAACAGCCGACGUUUGCUUUAUCACAGCUUGUUUGAGCAGGGAGUGAUCUUAGAUUUCAACAAUACAAAGACAAGCCGAGAUUUGCUGUUGGUCUACACGUACAUGGGCUUUGCAGUUGCAGUUGGGGUGCUAUUGUUCGACUCUGCGCAAAGUGCACAAGAGGGAAGCAUGAGUUGGAAAGCAAUGGCCAUUAAUACUGUGAUCUUUACAUCCCCGUUGUAUUACAUGGUUUCAUCGCUGCUGAAUUCUCUCAGAUUGGAGCUGGAGGCGAUCAAUUGCAUGUGCUUGCAGAGACUGGAUACAUCAGAACUGCCGCCUUCGCCGCAGCUUACGCAGCUGACUCAGCUGACUCCGAUCGCUGAGGGCCACUUUUGCCGAACUGCAAGGAAAGAAAGUCGCUCGAGAGAAAUAAAAGAUGUCAUCCGCAUCAGCAUUGACAUCGCCAAGAAAACAAGGUCCUCACACCACUCAGUAUCACAGCCGGAUGCUGAUAUGGACUACUUUCGUCUUACCGACAUGUUCUGGGUACCUCGUUUGGUUUCUGGCAAGUCAAAAUCCGCGAUUCUCCUUGUGACUUCAAUGCCAAUUCUGGCACUCCUGGCCAUGCUGUUGGGUUUGGUUAGUUUGGCUUGGCUCAUCAAGCAUCGAACAGAUGCGCCAGAGAUUGAAGUCUUGCGGGCAGAUGUGCCCGGAUUGACCCCAAACUUUGACUAUGAGAUCACAGACUACACACUUGCGUACCCAAGGACUCAGUCAGGAGUAACCUUCAGUGUGUAUGCGGGCACUGACCGCACCGGCUUUAUUAACGCGUCCGUCAUGGAUGGUAGUACUCCUGUGGGUGACCCACAAGUAUCAACCUCGGGAUCGAGCCUAGUUGGCAAACAGUGCUGCUGCUAUUGUCCUGUUAAGUGCACAAGGACUUUGUUCAGCCUUCAUGUCACGCUCAGCUUGUUUCUUUGA